AUGGCGGCUGUUCCUGAUAAAGAAGAGGACAGGGGAAGUUCAAGCUCGAGUGGCAGCCGAUCUAGCUGGUACAUGGUGCAGUCCUGCUGAUGCUUCUCCCAGCAAACAAGGAGGAUCCAUAUCAGAAAAAGAAUUCAUGGAAAGAAUACGAGARAGAAUGGCMUCAGAAGUUGGUGGUUAUGUGUGGAAAGAAGGAACCAAAUCAGCUAAAAGAGCAUUCAAUCUUUAUGCCAAUAUUGAUAUCCUGAGACCUUACUUUGAUGUGGAACCAAGUGAUGUUAGAAAUAGGCUACUUUUCUCGCUUUUUCCCAAGUUACCCUCCGCACAAGCACCACAGACUGUUGCUGGUGAGUUGUAUGGUCCUCUUAUGUUAGUGUUUACCUUGAUUGCUGUCCURUUGUUUGGAAUGAAGACUUCUGGCCAUACUGUGCAAGAAGGAACUUUAAUGGGAACAGCGUUUGGUUUGUGUUUUGGUUACUGGCUUGGUGGUUCGGCUUUCUGUUACUGUGUGGGAUAUUUCUGUAAUACGCACUUGACCUUCCUCCAAAUUCUCUCGUUAACAGGCUAUGCUUUAUUUGGUAGUGUAUUGUGUUUGUUUCUAACUACUGUUGGUUACCAUCAUUCGCACUCAUUCUUCUAUGCUUUGUUGCUGGUAUUUGGAGGUCUGUCAUCCUUAAAACUGGUCAGUGUAUAUGUAAGCAGAACCUGGAAUCGUAGACAUGGGGUCAUUGCUGGGUGUGUCGUUGCAGCUGUCCAUAUUUUAUUCCUUCUUUAUCUGCACUUUGCAUUCCACAGUGUAUACGAAGAAAUUGAACACGCUCCUGGAAUUCUCACAAGACAUGCCCRUGACACAACACWGCCUACAUUGAAAUACAACUUUCCUACUGAAGUUUCCUUCACAAGAAAGCUAGCUGAUAUCAGUGCUAGCCACAUCACUGGUGCCAUUCGGGUAGCAAGAAGCAUCAAUGCCACCUACCAACAAACUGCAUCAGUGUCAAUGUAGAGAGCUCUUCAGAACAUAAGUAAUUACUGCAUCAAGACUGUUGCACUAGAUUAGGUGAUCUAGAUUAUGURAUCCUUGAACAUAAACAUCCAAGGAAAUAAUGAUAGUGGAAACAUUUUACUAAAUGGCAGUUCAGGCGUAGUGGAUGGGGCUAAUUAAUUAUAGCUAUGGCAAUAUUAUAAUAUAAGAUUUUAUUUAAAAAAAUGAUAUCUUAAUGUAGUUGCCUGAAUAUUUAAAAACCUGUGCCAUCAGUAAACAGAAUCACACAAGAAAUUUUKUGGGCCUAAAGCUAAAACGUUUGUGGGUUCAAAAAGUUAGAUUACUGAGGCAGUCAACUGUAAAUAUCAGAAAAGCACAAAAUAGAGACUGCAUUGCCACCAAUUUGGGGAACUAUAAGGGGAGGRAAAAUAUUAACUGGGCUUGGUUCUCACUAACUUCUAAAUUCUGAUAAUCUAAUUUUAUAUGGAGUUUACUGCUGUCGGCAGAUAAUCUUCAGGAGUCUAGUUUAUUAUCAUAAGAAUGAAUAUCAAUUAAAAUUGAAAAAGAAAUAUUAUUUUGUAAGCAAACAAGUGCAAACACAAAAAGCUUGAAAAAGUAGAGUGAUCGCACUAAAAGCUUGCAGUUUAAGUACUAAGUUUUAAUUUGUACUAAAAGUGGACAUCAAGCAAGAUGGUAUUGAAUGCUUCAUUUGUAUCAAUUCAAUUUAAUUUGCAUACCGCAUGUACGAUUUACUAAAUAGAACUAUUUAGUUUUGUUUAGUUUGUACAGUUGCAUGGAUUAAGUGCGAUCACUCUACUAACCAAAUAGCGCAAUAAGUGUAGAUUAGACAAUAGAAAACAAAGGAAUUUAGUGCAAUUUAGCACUAUUUAAUUACUAAAGUUUUCUUGGUUUUAGUGUUUGCACUUAAGCCACUUUUUCUUGAAUAGAUGAYGACCAAUCUGGUCUUCUUUGCAGCAUAUUAAUUAGUUAUAAUCACAAAUAUAUGACAACACAGGGGAGGCUGCAAAGGAGGCUCAGGAAGUGGCUGCAAAGGAAACUAUCACUUUUCAAAAAUAAAAACAAAUCUGUAUGAAAAGGAAUUUUAAAGUGGUUAAUGAAUUAUAAAGAAUAAAAGUGGCAAAUAAAAUCUUUCAAAAUUCCCCGUCAAAA